GUCAGAGUGUACGGUCUGGAUUCGUCUUCAGUUCCUUUUUGUCCUAAAAUCCUAAUUUCAGAAUUUGGAAUUUUGAAAUCAGAAGAAGAAGAAUCAGAGAAACGCACCUUUUACGAAACGCCGCCUUUCUCUUCUCCCGUGUCGGAAGUUCAUAUCCCAGAGCCUAAGUUCAAUUCCUCCGAUUAAAAGCUUUCAUCUUGUACCUUCCUAAGGAGAUUUCAGACUCUCUCUAUUGCCCUAAAUGUCGAAAAGGAUCCUUUGUAAGUUCUUUGCUCACGGUGUUUGCUUAAAAGGAGACAACUGUGAGUUCUCACAUGACUGGAAAGAUCCUUCAAAUAAUAUUUGCACUUACUACCAGAGAGGCAACUGCUCUUAUGGAAGCAGAUGCAGAUACGAACAUGUCAAACCUUCUCCCUCUCAUCCAUCUCCUUCAUCUUCCACCUACCUAUCAUCAUCAUCACCAGCGUGGACUUUGGAACCCUUAAACGAGGAGGUCAACAACAACAACACUGAAGACCAACCAAUCUGCUCAUACGCCGCAGCUGGUGACUGCCCACGUGGAGACCAAUGCCCUCACAUCCACGGAGACCUCUGCUCAACUUGUGGGAAACGCUGCUUACAUCCUUUCAGACUCCAUGAAAGAGAGGAGCACAAGAAAGCAUGCGAGAAGAAACACAAACACCUUGAAGCGAUGAAACUUAGUCAGGAAGUUGAGUGUUGCGUCUGUUUGGAACGUGUGCUCUCUAAGCCAACUCCAGCUGAACGGAAGUUUGGGUUACUCACUGAGUGUGACCAUGCUUUCUGCAUAGGGUGUAUCAGGAAUUGGCGUAGCAGUUCUCCUUCCAUUGGUAUGGAUGUUAAUAGUACACUAAGAGCUUGCCCUAUAUGCCGCAAGCUAUCGUAUUUUGUUGUUCCUAGUGUCAUCUGGUUCUCAGAUACGGAUGAGAAAAAAGAAAUUAUUGACAACUACAGGGACAAGCUCAGGUCAAUUGAUUGUAAGCAUUUCAAUUUUGGAGAUGGGAACUGUCCGUUUGGGACAAGUUGCUUCUACAAGCACACUGUGAAGCCAGGGUCAUAUGCAUGGAAAUACCACAGACCACCUCCAAGGCGUCCAAGGCCCUCCUCUGGAUCGAACUUCUCAGAGAUUAAUACAUUUUUUAAUAUGAUCGGCAACAUAAUGUCGGAAGAAGAGUAUGGUCCUUUUGGAUUUGAAGAUUCGGAUGAUGAUGAUGGUGAACUGACUUCAACUGAUAUGAUGAUGUUACUGAUGAACUUGGAUAUGGAGUCCGAUGAUGACUCGUUCAAUGAGGAUAGCUAUUAACAUAUUUAAAGUUACUAUUAAAGUGAGAGUCAUAAGCGCCUCUUAUGUCUUAUAUGGUUAUUUAUUUGUAUAUUAGUCUUUUGUGAUGUAUGGAUUAUAAUAUGUGACUACUUUUUGCCAUUGGAAUGUAAUAUUUGAUGAUGGUGUAAUAUGUAAUAUUCAUUGCAAUUACAAUAAGAGACUUUUAUCUUUGAC